GCCUGCGUUUGCGCAAGACCACAUUGUUACAUUUAUAUACAUAGUGUCUUUUAUUUUUUAUUUAAUUUUGUUUUUUUUUGCUGGUGUUUAGUGUGGUGUUGUUGAUAUGAUCACGUAAAGAUGAUCACUCAUAACUUCAGAUCUCUGCUACUAGUAGCAAUCGUAAUAAGUAAUUGUAUAACUUGGACGGCUUCGAGACACAAUGAUCACCAACACCACACUAGACCCAGGCGGCAAGGCUUGGAUUUACCUGCAUCCUACGUCAUACCUGGAGGAGAGGGGUCGGGGCCCUGGGGAGACUGGGGUGAUAUCUCUCCUUGCUCUAGGACCUGCGGAGGAGGCGUGGCCAGCCAGAAGAGGGUAUGUCUAGAGCCAAGACCGCAGAACUCGUGUACUGGCGGCGACACGAAGUACUUCUCGUGCCAGACUCAGGACUGUCCCGCCGGCUCGGGCGACUUCAGAGCCGAGCAGUGCGCAGAGUUCAACGACAAAGAGUUCAGGGGCUACAAGUACAAAUGGGUGCCGUACACGAAAGCCCCAAACCCCUGCGAGCUGAACUGCAUGCCACAUGCGGAGCAGUUUUACUUCCGACACAAGCAGCGCGUGGCAGACGGCACCAGGUGUAAUGAGGAUUCCCUCGACGUAUGUGUCAACGGUGUCUGUCAGCACGUGGGCUGUGACAUGAUGCUGGGCUCCAGUGCCAGUGAGGACAAGUGUCGGGAGUGCAGAGGGAACGGCACCAAUUGUCACACCAUGGAGGGAUUAUUCGACUGUCAAGAUCUCUUAAAUGGCUACAACGACAUCCUGCUGAUUCCUAAAGGCUCCACCACCAUCAUUAUUGAGGAAAUAGAACCUUCGAAUAACUACUUAGCAUUAAGAUCUAUAAACGGCACGUACUACCUAAACGGUGACUACCACAUCGACUUCUCGAGGAGUAUCAUGAUCGCUGGUGCUCUCUGGACGUACGAGCGCAGCCAGCAAGGUUUCCCUGCACCUGACAAACUCCGCUGCCUAGGACCUAUCACAGAACCCCUGUAUCUUUCCCUUUUACGUCAAGACGAAAAUGUGGGAAUCAAGUAUGAAUUCAGCGUUCCCAACCGUUUUAAGAUGCCCAACGACCAGCAAUACAACUGGGUGCAUGAAGAGUAUACGCCAUGUAGCGCCACCUGUGGUAGAGGUUUUCAAACCCGCAACGUGACAUGCAGAUCGAAGGAGGAGUUGGAAGUGGUUGACAACAAAUUAUGUGAUGAGGGUGUGAAGCCCCCUACGAACCAGUCCUGUAAUCAAGACCCCUGCCCCGCGCAGUGGGCGGCCGGACCUUGGGGAGACUGCUCUAAGAGUUGUGGCAGAGGAGGCGUGAAGUCUCGGGAGGUCAUCUGCCAGAAAGUUAUUACUAAUGGGACUGCCACCAUAGUCCCUGAUAAGGAGUGCUUAGAGUUACUGGGGAUGAAACCUGAAGUAACGCAGAAAUGCAACGAAGAUGUGUCCUGCCCAGUCUGGUUCGUUGGACAAUGGAAAUCGUGUGACAAACUGUGUGACGAGGGCAAGCAGACAAGACAGGUGGUAUGUCGCCAGAAGAUCAAUGGCCGUGUGACAGUUCUAGGGGAUGGAAACUGCACAGACGAGAAACCAACAGCUGAACAGAAGUGUAUGAUACGGCCCUGCGAUGGUGUGGACUGGGUGACCUCCAACUGGUCUGAGUGUGACACCUGCAUCUCAAAGAGGCGGACACGAAGGGUGUUAUGUUUGAUGAAACACCAUGCGACACACAUUAGAGUGAAUGACAGCUUCUGUAGCCACCACCCACGUCCAGUGGAACAGGAAGAAUGUGAUCGGGACCACCUCUCACCGUCUGAGGCGCAGUGGCAUACUACGGAGUGGAGCAAUUGUUCCAUGCACCGCGGCGAUACACUUCAGACUAGGAGGGUAUUUUGUGGCGUUUACAAAACCGACAGCGUGGAACAAGUGGAGGAAUCAAAUUGUGCUCACCUCCUGAAAUGCAAUGACACUAAACCUUGCUCCAAAUCCAAAGAGGAAUAUCCUUUGCAGUGGUUCACUGGACCCUGGUCUUCAUGUAGCAAAGACUGUGGUGGAGGGGAACAAAACAGACGUGUCGUAUAUAUGCGAGGGUUUGAAGAGGCCGCCGAAUUACCCUGGGAAAAUAUGCCAAGUACUGAACAGUCAUGCAACACUGAACCUUGUAAUCCAGCAAUAAUUAACCCAAAGCAUAUAAGCAGCGUUGAUGAAAAGAAGCCGUUAUGUAACGAGACUACGUUCGGCUGCUGUCCUGAUAACAGGACUCCCAGUCUAGGACCAUUUGAUCAAGGCUGUGGCAAACCACGCACAUGCUACGAAUCCACCUACGGUUGCUGUCCUGACGGUGUGUCCCCGAAGCUUGGCGACACUGACGAAGGCUGUCCCGUGGAGGCGUGCGCAGACACGCUGUUCGGCUGCUGCCUCUCUGAUGACAAGACCGCAGCUCAAGGCAAUGACCAGGAGGGAUGCCCACCACCACCCCCAGCAUGCGCAACGUCUGAGUUUGGUUGCUAUGCUGAUAACGAAACUAAGGCCGUCGGACACAAGACGACAGGAUUCCCUGAAACCGAAACUUCAACCACUGUAGCUGGUACAGAAACCACAACUGAAACCACUGUAGCUCUUGAAAUGAGUGAAGGAAGCACGACCGGAGCAGACACCAGGGCGGCAGAUAGCACAGAGGUCGGUAGCACCACCCUGGACCUAUGCAGUGGAUCCGAGUUCGGAUGCUGCUCUGACAACCAGACUGAAGCCAAGGGACCCGACGGUCAGGGAUGUCCAUGCACAGAGUACAGGCUGAUGUCAGACGGCACGCUGGAGAUCGUGUCUCUUUAUCGGAACGACACCGGAAAUUACAUCUGUGUGGCCGGCAAUGGCCUCGGUGUGGCCACACAGGAGAUACACCUGGUCGUCAAUGAUCCUGUAAGGACGCCUGCCAAGAUUGCUGGAGAUGAAAAUACCAUUGUGAUUGGGGAGCUAGGCAGCCCGCUCUCAGUGCGGUGUCUUGCGAACGGGUACCCGUCGCCAUUUAUUUUAUGGUUCAGGGGUAAUGAACUAUCAAAGGUGCUAUACAGUGAUGAUGUUUACGAAGCAAGAGGUAAAGUGCUUCUCAUCAGAAAUCUGACUAUGGAUACUCUCGGACAGUACACGUGCCAAGCGUACAAUGGAGAAGGCAAGAUGGCCUUAUGGGUCGUGAAUGUUCACGCAUCUAGACCUAGAGAACUGUUCAAUGACAAUGAUAUGUUAGUGCCGCGUGAGACAGAGGCUCCCACUACCACAGAGUCUACUGACACACAUAUACCUGUGUUUAAUGAAAUGUCGAUUACAGAAACCUCAACUGACACUGCUGAAGCUCUUAAAACGAGUGUAGGAAGCACGACCGGAGCAGACACCACGGCCGCGACGGUCGGUAGCACCACCCUGGACCUAUGUAGUGGAUCCGAGUUCGGAUGCUGCGCUGACAACCAGACUGAAGCCAAGGGACCUGACGGUCAUGGAUGUCCAUGCAACGCUACUGAGUUUGGUUGCUGUCCUGAUGGUAUCUCUCCAGCUACAGGAGCAGACAGUGAAGGUUGCCCGGGUCCCUGCAGUACAUCACCGCACGGUUGCUGCGAGGACAACAAGACCCCUGCCCACGGACCCAACUUCGAAGGAUGUUGCUUAUUGCACGCGUUUGGAUGCUGCCCAGACAACCGCAAGCCUGCCGAAAGACAACAUCUUGAAGGAUGUGGGUGUCAGUACUCGCUCCACGGAUGCUGCCCUGACAACGUUACCAUCGCUCAGGGAGCAGACAACCUGGGCUGCGGCUGUCAGUACACACAGCAUGGCUGCUGUCCGGACAGACAUACGGCUGCCUCUAGCCCCAACAACGAAGGCUGUGGCUGCAGCACGUACCAAUUCGGUUGCUGUCCUGACGGCGUCACCAUCGCCAAGGGACCUGAACAGCUGGGCUGCCACUGCCACUACUCCUUUUACGGCUGCUGUGGAGACGGCGUUACUCCAGCGACUGGUCCUGACGCUGCAGGCUGCGACUGCUCCUCCAGUAAACAUGGUUGCUGCCCCGAUGGAACUACUGAAGCGGCUGGUCCUAAGUUCCUUGAGUGUACUGAUGUACCUGAAAAUAAACAAGCUGCCUGCAGCUUACCCACGGACCCAGGCUCAUGUCUCAACUUUACGGCGAUGUGGUACUUCGAUAUGACAUACGGAGGCUGUUCCCGUUUCUGGUACGGAGGCUGUGAGGCCAAUGGGAACGUCUUCGCCACUAAAGAGGACUGUGAGGACGUGUGUGUACAGCCCUCACCUAAAGAAGUAUGCAACCUUCCGAGCGUAAAGGGCGCCUGUGACGAUAACUUCGGGCACUGGUACUACAACAGCACCCGCGAGCAGUGUGUUCCAUUCCUGUACGGAGGAUGUCUCGGCAACGCCAACAACUUCAAGACUAAGGAGCUCUGCCAGAAGCAAUGUGAUUCUAAAGCAGUUAAAGGGCAAUGCGACCUGCCAAUCGAGCAGGGCUCGUGUGCCGGCAACUUCAGCCGCUGGGGCUUCAACCCUGACACUCGCAGCUGCGAGCAGUUUAUAUGGGGAGGAUGUGAGGGCAACUCCAACCGGUUCAAUACUGAGGCCGCUUGUCAGAUGCGCUGCAACCCACCAGGGUCACCACCACCUCAGUGCGCAGAGCCACAGGAAGCAGGCUCUUGUAGCAAUAAGGAAGCCCUCUGGUCCUUCAGUGUGUCAGAAAACCGCUGCGUACCAUUCUACUACAGCGGUUGUGGAGGCAACAACAACAGGUUCCCGUCCAGGGAGGCUUGUGAACAGACCUGUCCUGCCGCUUACGUGCCCGAUAAAUGCACGCUGCCCGCCGAAACCGGCCAGUGUUCCAACUACAGGGAACGAUGGUUCUUUGACACCACGUUCAAGAGAUGUCGUCAGUUCUACUACGGAGGUUGUGGAGGUAACGAGAAUAACUUUCCCAACGAAGAGGAGUGUGAAAACUCGUGCUCCGAGCUUACGGCUACCACUACUACCGCCACCACCACUAACACGGUUAGACCUGCGGAACCUCGGCUGCCACCAGGACCCAAAGAACCAUCGAGACCUGAGACAACCGAGGUAGACGACUGCGGGGAGUACGUGGCGAACUGUUCGAGACUACGCUGCAAGUACAUCUUACUGCGCACGCGCAUGCCGAACGGAUGUUACAUGUGUUCUUGUUUGUUCGGUAAGCUCGAGACCGACUGCACGCCACUGAUAAACGAGUGCGAGACCAUCGAAUGUACAUACGGUAUUCAGAUUACUACCGAAUCCGAUGGAUGUCAGAGGUGUAGCUGCAAAGAAUACCCGUGUAAGAAAAAAUCGUGUCCGCCCGGCGACCGCUGCGUGGUCAUCCCUUACAAAAAUGACACCGAUUUAUCUACGAAGUACACCGCAGAUUGCAGGACUGACGUACCAGAGCCACCACAAGCGCUGCCGCUGCAAGAGCCCCAGGUGACAGCUUCAGAAGGUUGUAAGACUGUUCUUCGCUGUCUGUUCUACGGCAACCCUCCGCCCAAGAUCACGUGGAGACAUGGGAAGCUCAAUAUCGUCGGCAGCACUGGUCGCUACAGGCUGAUGUCGGACGGCGCACUGGAGAUCGUGUCUCUAUACCGGAACGACACCGGGGUCUACAUCUGUGUGGCAGACAAUGGCCUUGGAGUGGCCACGCAGGAGAUACACCUGGUCGUCAAUGCUACCUGCGGAAAGCCGAAUGCAGAAAGCUGCGACAAGCUGCGGAAAGUCCACUGCGGAAAGUCGUACGGAAACUCCACUGCGGGCAACCUGACAUUCGACAUACCUAUUAUUACGAUUGAUCCUGUGGAGACGCCUACCGUGAUUGCUGGACAUCAGAAUGCCGUGGUAAUUGGGGAGCUAGGCAACCCGUUCUCAGUGCGGUGCGUAGCGUACGGAUACCCGCCGCCCACCGUGACAUGGCACAGAGUCUAUAACGGAACAAUUAUACCAGUUAAUAACGUGACAUAUGAAGCCAAAGGCGAUGUGCUCCUCAUCAGAAGUCUGGCUGUCGAAACUCUUGGACAAUACAUAUGUCAUGCGUACAACGGAUUAGGCAAGGCGGCAUUAUGGGUGGUGAAUGUACGCGCAUACAGACCUGAGGGACUGUUCACUGAGAAUGAAAUGUUAGUGCCGCGCGAGACACAGGAUCCCACAACCACAGAGUCUAUUGAUACACAUAUGCCUAUGUUUACAGAAACUUCGAUUACAGUAUCUACAACUGAAACUGCUGAAGGUCUAGAAACGAGUGAAAGAAGCACGACCGAAGCAGACACCAUGGUGGCAAGUAGCACGGAGGUCGGUAGCACCACCCUGGACCUGUGCAAUGGAUUCGAGUUCAGAUGCUGCGCUAACAACCAAACUGAAGCCAAGGGACCCGACGGUCAGAGAUGCCCAUGCAACGCUACUAAGCUUUGUGACUACGAGGACCUACCAGCGCCACCACAAGCGUUGCCGCAGAAAGAGGCCCAAGUGGCAGCUUCAGAAGGUGGUAAAGCUACCCUUCGCUGUCCGUUCCACGGCAGCCCUCCGCCCAAGAUCACGUGGAGACAUGGAGAGCUCAAUAUCGACGGCAGCGCGGGUCGCUACAGGCUGAUGUCGGACGGCACGCUGGAGAUCGUGUCUCUUUAUCGGAACGACACCGGAAACUACAUCUGUGUGGCAGACAAUAGUCUCGGAGUGGCCACGCAGGAGAUACACCUGGUCGUCAAUGAUCCUGUAGUGACGCCUGUCAGAAUUGCUGGAGAUAAGAAUGCCGUGGUAAUUGGGGAGCUGGGCAGCCCGCUCUCAGUGCGGUGCCUGGCGUACGGGUACCCGCCGCCCACCGUGUUCUGGUACUACGUCUAUAAUGGAACGAUGGUACCAUUUAUAAACGCGAUGUAUGAAGCCAGAGGCAAAGUUUUAUUGAUCAGAAAUCUGGCUAUCGAAACCCUUGGACAAUACAUGUGCCAAGCGUACAACGGAGUAGACGAGGCAGCGUGGGUAGUGAAUGUACGCGCAUACAGACCUGAGGGACUGCGCACAACUAAUGAUAUGUUAGUGCCGCGCGACUCGCGCGAGACACAGGUUCCCACUGCCGCAGACUCUAUUGACACACAUAUACCUGUGUUUACCGAAACUUCUAUUACAGAAACCACAACUAACACUGCUAAAGCUCUAGAAACGACUGAAAGAAGCACGACCGGAGCAGACACCAUGGUGGCAGGUAGUACGGACGUCGGUGGCACCACCCUGGACCUGUGCAGUGGCUCCGAGUUCGGAUGUUGCGCUGACAACCAGACUGAAGCCAAGGGACCCGACGGUCAGGGAUGUCCAUGCAACACUACUGAGCUUUGUAAUUAUCCCAAGGGUGUGCCAUCAAUGCCGGUGUCCGUGCACGUGACGGCGUCGACGACAAGUAUCGGCAAAGACCUGAAACUCACUUGCGAAGUGGAUGGAUACCCGGAGCCUGACGUCUACUGGACGAAGGACGGCGUGCGUCUUGAAAACAACGACAGAAUUCUUAUUACUGGUAACGUGGAAUCCGAGCUGACAGUGCAGCGAGUGACAGUCUCUGACAGCGGGCUGUACGCGUGCCAUGCCAGCAACCUCUACAGCUCGGGAACUGACACUGCGCAGGUCAACGUAAAGCAAGUUUAUGUACCACCUAAAUGCACGGACAAUCCAUUCUUCGCUAAUUGCGUCCAUAUCGUGCGUAGCAACUUCUGUGCACACAAGUAUUAUAAACAGUACUGUUGUAAGUCGUGCGUGGAGGCAGGUCAGAUCGCGCCCCCGGAGGAAUAGUUUCAAGCAGACUACCCCUUGAAGAAGAAGAAGACCGAUUCACCGAACCUUACGUGGCGUAUUUGAAGUAAGAAUGUCUUACGACAAAAAAUAUUUAUGGAAUAAAAAAUCAAAUGAAUUGCAUGUUGUAUUUAUUGAAAAAUAAAAUAAGUUAGUCGUAUAAAUUAUGCUCUUAGCACAGCCAAGGUAUGUAGUACAUAGUCACAAAAUGUUGAAUGCGGUACAAUAUUCCUACGUGUUGCUCUAGUUCAAUAGGGAUGAUGGCGGCGUAUGAAAAUUAAAAAUCUAUUUAGUACAUCAGUUAGGUGAUGAAAAAAUAUUACAC